AUGGGUUCGUCUUCCUUGGAGCAAAGAAUGCAGGAGAUACUGCAGAUGAUGGAGACGCAGGCGGAGACUGUCGCCCUAAUGGAAAUUCAGUUACUAGAGAAAUCUGAGAUGGUAAACAGGUACAGUGAUGAAAAUCAAGAGUUGUUGUUGAAGAACAUGGAUCUAAAAGCUGAGAAGAAGAAAAUCAAGGAAAAUCUUCUGACUCUGACGAAGAGAAUGCAGGACUAUGAACCAGGUAGACAACACAUUACAGUAGAUCUUGGCAAAGAUGAGGAAGACGAGGACGAGGAGGAGAAGGAGGAAGGCAGACGAACACACGGUACAUCUUUGGGCGGUGGAGCAAGUGCUUUGCCACCAAGGUCUGCAAUCUCAAAGGGCAUGAUCACCGAAGAUCCCGUCAUCUUGAAAGCACAGUUGAGGGAACGCACCAACAGAGUAGAAAUCCUAUCACAGGAAAAUCAAGAAUUCAAGGAAAAACUUGAAGAAUUGGAGCAGGCAUUACUUGACAAGGAGUGUGAAGUGGAUGCCUUAGAGGUAGAUAAAGCCAAUCUAAUGAAACAGAUGAAGAAAGCGAACUUCAGACCAGAUGUCAGUUCUCUCUCGAAUACCUCAUUCAGUGGAAGAGCCUCUGGAAGUGCUAUAAAACUUGUCCAGCGAGAGGGAUCCAAGACUCAUAGGUGCAGCAAGUGUCACUGUCAUCUUAAGCAGGGCAAUGAAAGCAAAACAGCUAUGAUGUCUAAAGCUGGUCUGACAAAGACGGCUAUAGAGGAACUUCAGCGUGAAAACAAGGAAUACAGAGAAAUGAUAGAGCAACUCCAGGUGUCCUUAAACUCCGCCCAAGACGAGGUCCAGCAACUGUGUCAAGAAAAAUCCCAGGUUAUUAUUAUUAUUUUUUCCUUUUUAAAUGAUGAUCAGUGGAUAAAAUCACCCACGGAAGAGAACCUUAGAGUUCAGUCUUCUGAAUCAGAAAAAGACCUCGGAGACAGUAGAAGAAACGUGCCAACAGUGUCAAAAAUUGUGGUAUCCCAACACUACAGUGAUGAAGAUGAUGAAGAGGAUCUUGUCGAUGAAAACAACAGAAUUGAAGCUUCCAGUGUUCACCGUCUUGGCGAGGUGUUUAGUCCGUCAGCAUUGAAUGUGUUUGAGAUGCUGGGAGUUCCAGGAAAAGAAUGGAGUAACGAGGGUGGUAAACAAAUGGAACGAGGCAGUGCUAUCAGAGCUCAGAUGUCCAGUAAGGCUACCCAAACAGAGGAAAGCUGGGAUUCUAUCAUAGAAAAAUUAGGAAAGAAAAAGUGGACAGAACGAGAUAUCACAGCAGUUUCAACGGUGGUGCCAUCUACGGUCAAUGUUGCCAAAGCAAUGAUGUCACAUGGUCGCCCAAAUGUGAUCCAUCAAGUGGAACAAGAUGCUGAGAAUUAUUUGCAAAAUAAUCUUGAUGAGAUGGUAAGCGGCAUGAACAAUUUCUUUGAGAACUCGGCUCAGAUGAUGGGGGAACAGUUGGGCAUGAUGACCAAGGCCAAUCACGACCUCAGGGCCAACCUUGACCCACGGGAGGCCUUUAAACUGGACAGGCGCCUAGAGGCUAUGAUGAAGGACAUGUUUGGGUCUGAGGCCUACAACAUGGAACAAGAAAUUCUCCAAAGAGGAAAGAGGUUUGGAGGUUUCGAUCGUACCAAGCAAGUGUUGGAUUUCUCUGACAUAAUGCGGGGAAAGGGCCUCACCCCUGAACAGAUCAACCAGAAGAUUCAGGAGCAUUUCACACGUAUCAGACAAAUGACUAUGGACAUGAUGUCACAGACAUAUCAACUGAUGAAAUCAGGACUCAAAUAUCAGCAACAAGAAUAUGAGGAGGUCUACAGAGUGGUCGAAGCCACAAAACCAGAAGUUUUGGAAACGCAUCAUGCAGGGCCAGUCAGAAGCAGACAGGAUGCCUUGAAC